CGUUGCGCUUGGGUCAAUACUUCGCCGAUAGCUAACGUGGUACUAUUGCCGAGAGCUUCUUUAUUAAUAGGGACCUGAUUCCCCAAAACUUUUGGACGUUCACUCAGUCAUUCAACUCAAAUUUGUGCAAUGGCUCCGUAUUUCUUAUCGUCGCUUCGUGCGUGCGCUCUCACAAUUAUUGUCGCUCUCUCUGGAAGCGUUCUAUCCGCAGAUGCAACGACCGCAUAUAUCGGCGGAGCCACCGUCUCCAGCACAGUUCUCGUCCUUGCGCGUGACCAAACAUCCGCUCAGAAUAGCGCCUUUUUGGGAUUGCAAGGCUACGGAAUUCCCUACGAAGUUGUAACCGUUCCCCAGAGCGGUGUCAGCUCUCUACCACCCCUCAAUUCCUCAGUUGAUCAUGGAAACUACGGAGGUAUUGUCAUCGUGAGCGAGGUUGGCUACGAUUACAAUGGGUCAUACUAUAGCGCGCUCACUAGGAAGCAAUGGAACACGCUCUGGGACUACCAAACCCAGUUUGGUGUGCGUAUGGUUCGUCUGGAUGUUUUCCCCACCAGCGACUUUGGUGUUGUUAGCAAAGGCGGCAAUGCGAAAGAUGAGCCCGUUAGUUUUACCAACACGACUGGCUUUUCGACUGCGAGUCUUAAGACGAACGCAAACGUCAGUAUCGCGAACAUCUGGCACACUCCAGCAACGAUCACAAACUCAUCCAUUGCCUGGGAGGUUGCAAAAUUCGGCUCUGCUGGAACCGCCGCUGUGAUUAAUCAAAUCGGUGCCCGCCAGCAAAUGGUAUGGUUUAUGCCAUUCGCGCUUGAUUGGUCCGGUCCUAGCAACUACCUCCAGCAUUCAUGGAUCCACUGGUUAACCAGGGGUUUAUACGUCGGCUUCCGAAGACUGUACUUCAGCACUCAAGUUGAUGACAUGUUCCUGGAGACUCCAAUGUACAGACCGCAAGGGCAGUCCUAUCGGUGCAAGCCCGAUGAUCUCUCAUUACACGUUGAUUGGCAGACUACAGUCAAUGCAAAGCUGCCAAAGGGAUCAGAAUACUUCAUCGAGAUUGGCCAUAACGGAAAUGGCGAUAUCGAGACCGCUACUGACACUACUGAGGGGGCUACUGUAUGCAGUCCGGCAUCUGGAAUUGAGUAUCCGGAUCAGAUUGAUGGACCUCCAGACUACACAAAGAAACCAGGGAGCGGGGUUGACAUAUGGCCCGCCACGCCUACUAAGUAUGGUUGGAGUCAGGAAUGUGUGGAGAUUGAUGAGCUCGAGAAUUGGUUCGCAGACGAGAACAACCGUGAUGCGUUUGCUCACAUCUCUCAUACUUUUACCCAUGAGGAUCUAACGAACGCUACUUACUCUGAUACCUCUAAAGAAAUUUCAUGGAACCAAGCCUGGCUUAAGCAAGUGGGCCUCUCUAGCGCUUCUCGCUUUAGUUCAAAGGGUAUAAUUCCUCCUGCCAUUACAGGUCUGCAUAACGCAGAUGCUCUCAAAGCCUGGGUAGACAAUGGGAUCGUGAACGUCGUUGGCGACAAUACACGACCUCUACUAUUGAACACGCAGAACCGAUUCUGGCCACUCAAUACAACCGUAGCAGGCAACGGAUACGCUGGAGUCAAUGUCAUGCCCCGGUGGGCUACAACGAUUUACUACAACUGCGAUCUUCCGGCAUGUACUCUCCAAGAGUGGAUUGAUACUUCAGGUGGGAAAGGUACCUUCGAUGAUCUUAUCAAGGAUGCCAAAAAUACGGCUGUUCGAAAUCUGAUGGGGUUGCAUUGGGAUCCGUAUAUGUUCCAUCAAGCUAACCUUCGGGUCAAUGAUGUUCCAAGCACCACGGUGAAUGGCAAGAAGGGACAAUACUCGCUUCUCAUGACAUGGGUUGAAGUAAUCACUACCGAGAUUUCACGACUUACUACUUGGCCCUUCAAGACUCUCAAACACGACGACCUUGCACAGGCUUUCUUGAAUCGCCAGGCCCGAGACCUGUGCAGACCGAGCAUGCAGUGGAAUGCUUCCAAGGAUGGCAAGAACAUCGAGAGCGUGACUGUAUUCACUGCCAAUGGCAACAAGUGCAGCACCACAAUUCCCAUCACUGUUCCCAGCGCCGUUUCUUCUAACACUGGCGCCACCAAGGAGCAGCUCGGCACCGACCCACUUACCCUAUGGGUGACGAUGAGCGGAUCAUCUCGCACAUACACUUUCUCUAAGGCCAUUCCUCUUUAG